AUGUCAAAGAAACAAGAUUAUAUUGCCAAAAUUCGCUAUGAUAAUAGGCUUCCUGCACCUCUAUUACCCCCUAGAUUGUUGAAAUACACUAUAAAUCCAGAAGAAGAGGCAGAUUCUUCAGAAUUGAUUACUUCCUUAUAUACAAAGACCUCCGUCACACCAUUGAUUAAAGUGAAUGAGGAUUUGGGGAUGCCAUUAGAUCUGAUGAAGAUUCCUGGAAUGCUAGACCAUAUGGAUACGAAAUACCUUUAUGAUUUUGAUGGUGUCAAAUUACAGCCUGAAGACCGUAUGCUAUUAAGAGAUCCAGGUGUUGAUAAAUUGCCAAAGACAGAUAUCUCCAAGGUUUCCUUCUUGAGAAGAACCGAGUAUAUCUCUACCACAAUUACUUCUCACCAUCAUAGUCAAAUUGAAGAAACCAAAAAGAGAGCUGCGUCUGAAAUGGAAGAUGAAGAAGAAUUGUUAAACGCACCACAGUUAUUAGAAAAAGUGGAGAAUACAUUUGAUUGUAUGACAAAUGACUUGUCCAAAUUACAACACCCUGUAAAGAAGAAACUACGUGCGGUAAAAACUUGGAAUCUUUUACCUGACACUGCAUCAAUGGACCAAAACUAUUUCCUGUUGAAAAUGGUCGGAAGUGCUCUUUUAGACAAGAAGGAGAAGGAAAAUUUGGCAUUGUCAACAGCUAUCUUCAGACCUGUUGAAUUAGAAGAAGAUGAGUGGAUCUCUAUGUAUACAACGGAACCAAAGGAUUCGAAUAUACUGGGUGGAGAAGUAGAAAAGAAUUUGGAAGACAAUUUACAGGAUGACCCAAAUGCUGAUAAAGUUUACAAAUUCAAAAGGCUUAGAGAUUUUGCUUUAAAGCAAGUGCCACCACAAGGACACUCUGGAUCAUUUGGUGAACUGUCUCUUGUAUUGAAUGACGAAAAGGGAAUUGCUUACUAUAAGCCAUUGAGGUCAAGAAUUGAGUUAAGAAGAAGGCGUGUAAAUGAUGUGAUAAAACCUUUGGUUAGGGAGCAUAAUUUAGACCAAAUCAACGUUACUUUAAGAAAUCCAACUACCCAAGAGGCUAAGGCUAGAGAUAAAUUGAGAAUGCAAUUCGAUCCAAUUGAUUUUGCGAAUGUAGAUGAUGAGGAGGAGGAACAAGAGCAACCACAGGAGCAGGAGCAGGAGCAGGAACCAAACAAUGAAUCGCAGCAGCCAGAACAAUCCGAACAAUCUGAAUCAAAACCUGAAGAAUCCCAAUCAAAGCCUGAGGAACCUGAGGAACCCGAAUCAAAGCCUGAAGAACCUGAAAAUAAGCCUGAAGAACCUGAAAGUAAGCCUGAAGAACCUGAAUCCAAGCUCGAGGAACCUGCAUCCAAGUCUGAGGAACCCGAAUCCAAACCCGAAGAAUCUGAAGAUGUUGGUCAAUCAAAGAAAGGUUCAGAAUCUAAAGAACCUGAAGCCAGUGAGAAUCAAGAGGAAAAAUCCCAGGAUGAUAAGGAAUUACCUUAA